AUGACAUUGGCACACUCUUUCACUAGGCGAGGCGUCAACCUUGUGCAGCGCUACAGUACAAUGCGACAAGCAGACGAUACCCCCGAAGUUCAUCAGAUACCUCCGUUCGCAGCUCUCAUCUUUCUGCUUACUUGUGCCUUCUUUUUCGUCCUUCUUGCAGUCCUGUCCUACACGGCUGGCCACCUCAUCCUUACCCUAUGUAUGGUCGAAUCCUCUUCCACGACAGCUUAUGUUCCGAUAGAAUCAGUCGAGCCUGUCGAUGAUUCACCGCCUGCUUACCAAGAGGAUGGUAGCCUCAGACAGGACGAUGCAGAUGUCAACCUCAUCAAGACACAACCCAUAACUGCCUCUCUGAAGAAGACUGCCAGGCACUUGAGAGUCAGAGCUGGAUACUUGUGGGUCUUUCGAGGGUUUUCAGCUUAUGUUGUCUGGAACUUUACUCGUAGCAUUGUGGUUGGAAUGCUGUCGUCGGCGUCGAACAGUCCAUUUCUCACAAUCAUAGCUGCUAUCAUCGCCGAAGUAGCAUUGGCCAAUAUUCACAUGACCUGGAUUCAUAUUAUCAUUUCCGAGCCCUCCCCAAAAAGAUGGUACCAACGAAUUCCGACCCCGUAUCUUCGGACCUGGAAGAAAAUCGCUCCAGCGGUCGCUAUCUGGGCAGUCACAUCACAAGUCGUGACUAUUCUUCCUCUGUUGGUUACAAACAGCUUUGGUGUAUUGCGCCAUAUGAACGAUCCAUCAUAUCAACCUGGCAUGAAAGAGGCAUAUGCUGGUGCUGGACAACUCUUCUUCGCCAUGUUGCUGACUGUGUUACUCUUCGUCCUGCUUGACGUACCAGCGACGGUUGCAAUGGUUCGAGUUGCAGCUAGCAUGCUUCCCGAAGAAGACGAGACCAUUGUGCCGUUUGAUCGAACUUUUGGCGGUUUGACGACACCUGAGAUCAUUGGUGGACAAGGCAAGAUCGGCAUUGUCGAAGCGUGGAGAUCGUUCAAUUGGGAAUGCAGAAGACGUUUACUAAAGACAGUCGUCAAGGUCGCAGCACUGAUCAUGGCAACAUGGCUUCUAUUCUCUAUCGUUGCCAUGAUUGAAGCUCAUACUUUGUUCGGUCCUGCCUUUGGCGAGAUGAUGAAGAGUAUGCAUGGUAUUGCAAACAGGGGAUCCUAG